UACCGACUGCAAUCUGGAGUCUUGAAACGAGGUUAUGAAAUCAAGAGUUCAUAACAUAGAGUAGUAUAAUACUGUUUCAUAACAUUAUUCACUGUCAUAAAAAUAAGAAAAAUUAAUUAACAUUUAUGUCUGUAAUAAUAAAAAAUGGGCAUAAGUUAAAUCUCGACAUUUGAUGAAACGAAACUAUACACCUACAUCUAAUGUAAUUAAAAAUAUUAAAAAAAUAUAAUGUACAGGAGCACAUUUUUUAGAUUGUUACCCCUAAAACAUUUUAAAGAGGUGUUUCACCCUCAUUCUGAAGCCCAAAUUACGAUCAACUAUGUCUUCAAUAGAGUACGACCGCUGUCUCUGUCAGCUUAUUGUUAUAAAAAGAGAAAAAGUCCAGAGGAAAAGGCAGUAGAAAACCAAGGGCGCAGAAUUAUUAGAUAUGCACCAAAAGCCGGAACUGAAGUUGUUGGCAUAUGGAGGAAUAUGACUGUACAAGAAAUAGCUAAUGUUUUAAAUAAGGAUGUUGAUCAUGUUUAUAAGGCGUUGGAGUUUGCUGAUAAAAACUCUGAUGUAGUUUACACAAAAGAUACUGUGAUACGGAAUCCACAGAUUAUACGAGAUGUUAUCAAAAUAUCUGGAUGUAGGUUCAAAAUUAUUGCAAAGCCUGAUGAUGGGGUUGAAGAGGAAGAGAAUAAGGAUGCAAUGCCUGCGCCGCCUGCACCGCCUGAGGCGCUUCGCCCCAGGCCUCCAGUCGUAUGUGUCAUGGGCCAUGUGGAUCAUGGCAAGACCACUCUGUUAGAUGCAUUGCGGGACUCCUCCGUGGUGGAUACAGAGUUUGGGGGCAUCACACAGCAUAUUGGUGCUUUUCAAGUGAAGCUCCCGUCGGGCGAGCUCGUGACGUUCCUGGACACGCCCGGGCACGCCGCGUUCAGCGCGAUGCGCUCGCGUGGCGCGCGCGCCACUGACAUCGUCGUGCUCGUCGUGGCCGCCGACGACGGGGUUAUGGAGCAAACGGUCGAGUCCAUACGGAUGGCGCGGCAGGCUGGCGUUCCCAUUCUCGUAGCGGUCAACAAAGUGGACAAACCAGGGGUAAACAUUGAUCGCACACUUAAAUCGCUCGCGCAACACGGUGUAGUGUGCGAAGCCCUAGGGGGCGAAGUCCAAGCUGUUAGCGUGUCAGCGCUCAAGCGGCUGCACCUGCCGGCCCUCCUGGAGGCGCUGAACAUGCAGGCACAGCUCAUGGAGCUGGCUGCGGACCCCCUGGGGCCCGUCGAGGGGGUGGUUAUCGAGAGCCAGCUUGAUCCGCGCCUGGGGAAAUGUGCAACAGUAUUGGUGCAAAGAGGAACAUUACGUAAGGGUUGUAUCCUCGUCGCUGGUAGUGGAUGGGCUAAGGUGCGCAUGCUAAAAACAGCUGAUGGUGGAAUGGUGGAAGAAGCCCCCCCUUCGAUGCCCGUGUCAGUCCUUGGCUGGAGGGAGCCCCCCUCCCCCGGGGACACAGUGUUGGAGGUACCCACUGAGAAAAGAGCGAACGAAGUGAUGAAAUGGCGUCACAACCAGCGCAUGAAGGAAAAACAAGCGAUGGACCUAGAGGCAAUCACCAUGAAGGAAGCAGAACAUCAGGCAUUAUACAAGCAGCAGUUGGCCCAGAAGCGGGCCAUGGGUCGGUUCAAGGUGAGGCCCCAGGGGCCAAGAGACAAGAUGAUUAAGAUCGAUGAUCAUCCGACUGUCAGUGUGGUGAUAAAAGGUGACGUGGACGGCUCCGUGGAGGCGAUCCUGGACAUCCUGGAGACGUACGACGCGCACCACACCGUGCGCCUCGAGCUCGUGCAUUUCGGCGUGGGACCCGUCGCGCCCUCCGACCUUGAGAUUGCAGAAGCUUUUAAUGCAGUCAUUUACGCGUUUAACGUGGAAUGCCCCCCCGCUCUCGCCGUGGAGGCAAAGAACAGUAACAUCGAGGUGAAGAAACACAACGUCAUCUAUAAACUGGUGGACGACUUGAAGGAGAUGAUCAACGAGAGGAUACCCACCACACAGCAGGAGGAGCUGAUCGGCGAAGCGAAGGUGCUGCAGCAGUUCCUGGUGUCGGAGGGCAGGAGGAAGGUCCCGGUGGCCGGCUGCCGCUGCACCAAGGGCUCGCUGAGCAGGAACGCGCUCUACAAGGUGCUCAGGGGUGACCAGAUUGUGUUGCAGGGAAAACUAGCAUCCAUGAAGCAUUUGAAAGAGGAAGUGACGACGAUAAAAAAUGACACAGAGUGCGGGCUCCGUUUCGAGGAACCAGUCGACGUUCAGCCGGGAGAUGUCAUCGUGUGCUACAAGAUGGUGGACGUCAAACAUACCACGGACUGGGAUCCGGGAUUCUAGUAUAGUGAUAGACUUAAUAAAUAGCGUUAGAAUUG